UUCAACUCACUCACUCACUGACUACCUACAACAUCAACACAAUAUCUUGUAAGCACGGUCAAGCAGGAGCCAUGAUGAGUACCAGCCAGGAGGAUAGACCCUUUGUUAGGGCUGUGAGGAAGAUCAAAUGUGCCGCCAUGGUCCACAGUCUUGCCAAGAGCUGGCAGGGCUGGGCCGACGAGAACUUGGUCAAACAAGAGACCAUACCCUCUGGGUGGAUGCCCACCUCCAUCAUUGAGGACGAAGAAAGGGAGAAGCAGAACGAGACAAAAAUCUUAGUCAAGACACGUGUGGUCGAGGCGGACACCGACAGCGGCAGUCUGAUCCGAACGGGUGAGGUGACCAAGAGCCACAUGCCAAAGUACAGUGAGUACAGCACUGACCUGGUAUGCUCAAUCAAGGACAAGAUUCAGAUGGCACCUGAGGAUGCCAACAAGCCCUUCCUGGGCAACGAGUCACCCACCCGGAGACGUCUGGGUGUGAGAGCUCAGGUACAUCUGGGUAGUCAGGAGCGGAAGAUGGGCUCCCGUAGCAGCAGCCUGGACACAGAGGACAGCGGGUUGGGGGAGGAGGCCGGACUCAGUGACAACAGCGACCAGAGCGACCUGAACAAGCUGAAGAAACAGAUCAAUAGGCCCAAGAUUAGAGUCACCACCAUGGGUGACAUCAAGAGCAGGUGGCAGCAGUGGUCUCAGCAGCACGUAGAAGGUCAGAAGCUCAACCCCUUCAGUGAGGAGUUUGACUAUGAGCAUGCCAUGGCCCAGCGGUUGCAGAAGGGUGAUGAAGGCUACGGACGCCCCAAAGAGGGAUCCAAGACAGCCAUGCGUGGCGAACGAGCCCAGAAACAUGUGUACAAAGAAAUGGAGGAGUUGUGCUGGAUCGUCAAGGACAUGGGCCUCAAGGACAAGAACGGAAAAUCCUACAUAACUUUCGGCAGGCUGUUUGACCGCUAUGUCAAAAUCUCGGACAAAGUGGUGGGCAUAGUUUUGCGCUGCCGCAAACACAAAAUGCUUGACUUUGAGGGAGAGAUGCUGUGGAAAGGCCAGGAUGACCAUGUCGUCAUUACUCUGAGGGAUGUGAAAGAAGACUGAACCUGCAGAUGAUCUAGAUUUUGACCUACACCUCUCUCUCUCACAAUUUACCUAGACCCACAAGUGCCUUUCAUAUUCUGACCAGCACAGUCCAGGAGUAGAUGUCUUAAGCAUUCUAACCAUGAUAGCCACUGGUCAUGAGUUCAACCUCAGUAGGAUAUUCUAAACAUGCUGCAGGCCAUUUAAAAAAAAUUACGUGACAAAAUAAAUUGAGAAAAAAAACAUGUGGUUUGUGGACACAAUAGUGAUGUGUGGGUUGACUCAAAACCCGCAGUCGAUGCAGUUAUACAAAGAGAAAACAAUACAUAAAAAAAAUCCAUAAAUGUAUAACUCUUGUGAAAUUUAUAUCUAUAGGGUACACUGAGUUUUUUCAUUAGUGUGUAAGCCUAAGCUUUAGGACCUAACUGUUCGUGCUCCAAAUAGCCUACCCUCCAUUCGCCAAAUGCUUAUGGUAAUGGGCAGAAAGAGUUCAUGUUGAUCCACUGAUUAAAUAAGAGAAACGUUUGCGAAAAAUGGAGAGUUGAAAAUAAAGAAGUGGUAAAAAAAUUGGUGAAGUGGUAAAAGAGGAAGAAAGCAGUGUUACUGUAUGUUACUGUAUGUCUGAUGAUUGUGAGACGCUGUACAAAUUUGACAGUCACAAGACAGGUACUUAUAAAAGGCCUAUGGCACAUCAUGGGAACUGUAGCCUACUGUUCAGGUGGGUUAAAUGGAAACUGAAAUCUGGACACUGACUGUAGAUCUAUAACCUUUGCUAGUGGUUAGAAGCAUUGGGCCUGUAACCGAAAGGUCAAAGAUUCAUAUCCCAGAGUAGACUAGGUGAAAAAUCUGCCGAUGUGCCAAUGAGCAAGGCAAUUAAUCCCAAUUGCUCCAGGGUCGCCAUCAAUAAUGGCUGAUCCCUAGCUCUGACCCCACUCUCAUGGGGAGUAGGAUACGCAAAAAAACGAAUGUCCAAUUCACACGUGUGAAAUAGGAAAAAUGCAAGUGUACAUUUUGAUUCGGGAAGAGGAGUGGAGAAAAUUAUUUCUUUCAGGAUCUUGAAAGAAUUUGAAUGUGUAGUUAGUGACCUUCUGUAGAGGUGCUACAUAAAAUGUGGCUCCAAGCAGAACUGAAAUCUUAGCAGUGUCAAAUGACCAAAUCUUAUUUGGUCAUUUUCACAGCUUUCUAUUUCCUUACGAGCGUGCAAUGGCCAAGAACAUAUUUCCAUUUUAUUGCAUUUUCUAGAUUGUAGCCUUCAUUCUAUCAAUGUAUUACAUUAUUCUUGUCACGCCCUGAUCUGUUUCACCUGUUCUUGUGAUUGUCUCCACCUCCUCCA